GGCCGGAGUGCGCGCCGGGCAGGCCGGACAUGGAGGUGGUGGACGAGACGGAAGCGCUGCAGCGCUUCUUCGAAGGCCAUGACAUCAACGGUGCCCUGGAGCCCUCCAACAUAGACACCAGCAUCCUGGAGGAGUACAUCAGCAAGGAGGAUGCCUCUGACCUCUGCUUCCCCGACAUCUCUGCUCCUGCCCAUGCUGCCUCCUACCCCCAUGGGCAGCCAGCGAUCCCUGGUUCCAGUGGGGUGCACCACCUGAGCCCCCCUGGGGGUGGACCCUCCCCAGGGCGCCAUGGCCCCCUCCCAACCCCAAGCUACGGGGCCCCUCUCAACUGCAACAACAACAACGGCAUGGGCGCAGCUCCUAAGCCCUUCCUGGGGGGUCCUGGGCCCCCCAUCAAGGCAGAGCCCAAGGCUCCCUAUGCCCCAGGCACACUGCCGGACUCGCCCCCAGACUCGGGCUCCGAGGCCUACUCCCCCCAGCAGGUGAAUGACCCCCACCUCCUACGCACGCUAACCCCUGAGACCCUGUGCCACGUGGGAGUGCCGUCCCGACUGGAGCACCCGCCCCCGCCUCCAGCCCACCUGCCAGGCCCCCCACCACCCCCGCCGCCCCCACCUCACUACCCUGUCCUGCAGCGGGACCUGUACAUGAAGGCCGAGCCCCCAGUCCCCACCUAUGGUGCCAUGGGGCAGGGGCUGGCACCUGCCGAUCUCCACCACACCCAGCAGUCCCAGAUGCUGCACCAGCUGCUGCAGCACCAUGGAGCUGAGCUCCCUACACACCCCUCUAAGAAGAGGAAGCACUCCGAAUCACCCCCCAACACCCUCAAUGCCCAGAUGCUAAAUGGAAUGAUCAAACAGGAGCCUGGGACCAUGACAGCCCUGCCCCCGCACCCUGCUCGGGCCCCAUCCCCACCCUGGCCUCCUCAGGGGCCCCUCUCCCCCGGUCCUGGCUCAUUGCCUCUCAGCAUUGCCCGGGUCCAGACGCCACCUUGGCACCCACCAGGCGCACCCUCACCAGGUCUCCUGCAGGACAGUGACAGCCUCAGUGGUUCCUACCUGGACCCCAACUACCAGUCCAUCAAGUGGCAACCACACCAGCAGAACAAGUGGGCAACACUCUAUGACGCGAACUACAAGGAGCUGCCCAUGCUCACCUACCGUGUGGAUGCUGACAAAGGCUUCAACUUUUCGGUGGGUGAUGACGCCUUUGUGUGCCAGAAGAAGAACCACUUCCAGGUGACAGUGUACAUUGGCAUGCUGGGAGAGCCCAAGUACGUCAAGACGCCUGAAGGCCUCAAGCCCCUAGACUGCUUCUACCUGAAGCUGCAUGGAGUGAAGCUGGAGGCGCUGAAUCAGUCCAUCAACAUUGAGCAGUCACAGUCUGACCGAAGCAAGCGGCCCUUCAACCCCGUCACGGUCACUUUGCCCCCUGAGCAGGUCACCAAGGUGACUGUGGGGCGGCUACACUUCAGCGAGACCACUGCCAACAACAUGCGCAAGAAGGGCAAGCCCAACCCUGACCAGAGGUACUUCAUGCUGGUGGUGGCCCUCCAGGCCCAUGCACAGAACCAGAACUACACACUGGCCGCCCAGAUUUCAGAGAGAAUCAUCGUUCGGGCCUCCAAUCCGGGCCAGUUUGAAAGCGACAGCGACGUGUUGUGGCAGCGGGCGCAGGUGCCCGACACUGUCUUCCACCAUGGCCGCGUAGGCAUCAACACAGACCGGCCAGAUGAGGCGCUGGUCGUGCACGGGAACGUCAAGGUCAUGGGCUCUCUCAUGCAUCCCUCGGACCUGCGGGCCAAGGAGCAAGUGCAGGAGGUGGACACCACGGAGCAGUUGAAAAGGAUCUCGCGUAUGCGGCUGGUGCACUACAGAUACAAGCCCGAGUUCGCCGCCAGCGCCGGCAUCGAGGCCACGGCGCCAGAGACCGGCGUCAUUGCCCAGGAGGUGAAAGAGAUACUUCCCGAGGCUGUGAAGGACACUGGAGAUGUGGUCUUUGCCAACGGGAAAACCAUUGAGAACUUCCUGGUGGUGAACAAGGAGCGCAUCUUCAUGGAGAAUGUGGGUGCCGUGAAGGAGCUAUGCAAGCUGACAGACAACCUGGAGACACGCAUUGACGAGCUGGAGCGCUGGAGCCACAAGUUGGCCAAGCUGCGACGGCUUGACAGCGUCAAGUCUUCUGGCAGCUCGGGUGCCUUCAGCCACGCUGGGAGCCAGUUCAGCCGGGCAGGCAGUGUCCCCCAUAAGAAGAGGGCCCCCAAGGUGGCCAGCAAGUCGUCGUCCGUGGCCCCAGACCAGGCCUGCAUCAGCCAGCGCUUCCUGCAGGGCACCAUCAUCGCCCUGGUGGUGGUCAUGGCCUUCAGCGUGGUGUCCAUGUCCACACUGUAUGUGCUGAGCCUGCGCACCGAGGAGGACCUGGUAGACACCGAUGGCCCUUUUGCCGUGUCCACUUCCUGUCUCCUGGCUCUGCUCCGGCCCCAGCACCCUGGGGGGAGUGAGGCCAUGUGCCCAUGCAGGUCCAGCCAGAGCUUUGGGACCACGCAGCUUCGACAGGCCCCUGUGACCGUGGGGCUGCCUGGCACACGGUCCUCUUUGCUGCCGGUUACCACUGGCCUGCCCAGCUCAGCCCCAGCUCCGGCCAUCCGUGCCUUGGACCUGUGCUCUAGCCACCCCUGCCCGGUUGUCUGCUGCUCCUCACUCAGCCCCAGCCUGGCCACUAACCCCAGUGUUGGCUCCACCUUCAGCCCCAGCCGUGGUCUCAGCUCCAGUCCCGCCACCAACCGCUCAGGCCCCAGUCAGAUGGCCCUGCUGCCGGUUUCCAACAUCAGAGCCAAGUCCUGGGGCCUUUCAGCCAAUGGCAUUGGCCACUCCAAGCAUCCCAAGAGCCUGGAGCCUGUGGCCAGCCCUGUAGUCCCCUUUCCUGGGGGGCAGAGCAAAGCCAAGAAUAGCCCCAACCUUGGUCUCCACGGCCGGGCCCGCCGAGGCGCUCUGCAGCCCAGCCUGGGCCCUGCCCGGUCCACCCAGACUCAGGGUCAGCCAGACCCCAUGCCCUCCCUGACCUCAAUCCAGGUGCUGGAGAAUGCGAUGCCCAUCACCUCCCAAUACUGCGCUCCAGGGCAUGCCUGCAGGCCUGGGAACUUCACCUACCACAUCCCUGUCAGCAGCAGCACCCCACUGCACCUCAGCCUGACCCUACAGAUGAACUCCUCCUCCCCCGUGUCUGUGGUGCUGUGCAGCCUGACAUCAGAGGAGGAGCCGUGUGAGGAGGGGGGCUUCCCACAGAGCCUUCCCACCCACCAGAACACCCAGGGCACCUCCCACCAGUGGCCAGUAACCAUCCUGUCCUUUCGCGAAUUCACCUACCACUUCCGGGUGGCAUUGCUGGGUCAGGCCAACUGCAGCGCAGAGGCCCUGGUCCAGCCGGUCACAGACUACCACUUCCACUUCUACCGCCUGUGUGACUGAGCUGCCCUCCCCGAGGCAGCAGCACAGCAGGGACCAGGGGCCCCUGGGCCCCCCUUCCACACUGGAUGCAGUGGUGUUACACUGGAGCUUGCACUGGCCAGCUCUCUGCUGGCCGCUGGAAGUCCCUCUGCAGAGACUGGAGCCAGGGCUUGGCCCUCCCCGUGACUGGUUGAACUGGAAGUCCUCACACUGGAGUUGCUGCUCCUGCUGGGAGCCCCUCACACACCACGGAGGGAGCCAGAGACAGACCUCUUGGGCCUGCCCGCCUGUCCCCUUCCUCAGGGCCAGGACAAGGCCCACUGAUAUCUGUCCAGAUGUGGUGGUUCGAGGGCUAGCUUCAGGUGCCCUGGAGGCCAGGGGAAGCCUGUACCUUGAUUUUUCCAGAGCCCACUCUCCCCUACCUCCCCUUUUGAGACUGGGAGCGACCCCUCUUUUGGGAGAGGACCUGCCUGCCUUUGAGAUCAGCCGGGGGCUUGGAUCCAACCUUCAGAGACUUGGCUGGACCCAUGAGUCAAAGGAGGGCAGAGCCCUACCCGCGCAGCUGCUCCCUGGGGGGUGGCUUGGUACUGGACUUUUGGGGUUUGACUGUUACACUGGACUUGGACUUCUAAGCUUUAAGCAUGGCUUAGGGGUUCUCAUCUCCCUGGGAGAGCUUGGCUCCCAAGAGCCCUCAGGGCAGCUCAGCUCAGCUCUGGAUGGGAUGGGGAUGACCAUGUGCCUUAUGUAUCCCUUAGUGCCUGCCUGAAGCCACCCUUAGCCUUUCACAGGCCUGAACCAGUGGGCUGGGUAAGCUGUGGACCCUUGAACCUGGAGUGCCCUCCCGGAAGGGGAAGUUCCCUUGUGAGCCCCAGAUGGUAUUCCAGGGAAGUCCAGAAUUCACAGUGGGUAUCUAUGACUCCAUCACUCUGAGCAGUGAAGCAGGAAUCCCUGCAAGACCAUAGGUGGUCUUGGCUGGUGGGUGGAGGCAAAUAGCUUUUGCUGUUAUUAACCAAGUAAUUACUAAAAUGCACUUAAACCAGGGCAGGAGGGAGUGGGAGGAUGGAGCUAGAAAGCCCAGAGGGGGUUAGAGCCCUGGGGUGACACUUGCAAAGACAAGGCAGUGACUCCCAUCAUCCUGUCUAGCCUAACCACCGCCAAGAUGCUGGCCUCUCCUUCAGUCUUGUCUGCUAGUGACCUUCCUCAAAGCCUCCCUUGCUGGACUGGGACAGCCAAGCUGUGGGGACCCAUGCUUGGCAAUGGGCCCUACCUCUGUCCACCUUCCCAGGAGCAGAGUGGUGGGCUUGGGUUAGUGAAGACGUUUUAUCUCAAACGCCAACUUCAUUCACUUUCUGAGUGUGCGCCUGGAGCAUUCUGAGACCACACUGAGGCUCGGAGAAUGGGAAUUAUUUAGCCAUGUCUGCCCUCGGUUCAAGGAGCCCUGGUGGUACAGUGGUUAAGCACUUGGCUGCUAACUGAAAGGUUGGCGGUUUGAACCCACCAACUACUCUGCAGGAGAAAGAUAGGGCAAUCUGCUUCCGUAAAGAUUCAUAGCCUUGGAAACCCUAUGGGGGCAGUUCUACUCUGUCUAUAGGGUUUCUAUGAGUCAAUUGACUUGAUGGCAAUGUUUUUUUUUGGUUUUGGCUCUGGGUUCAGAAACGGGGUUUGCUAUCCUUGCCCUAUGGUGUUCUGCCACCUCUUUGGGAACUGGGCCUUGCCCCAUCCUACCUCUCAUUCUCAGUUUGAAUGGGGGGCUUUCUGGGGAAGCCAACCGAAGCAGCCUCUGAGCUGCAGGCCCCUCUGCCAUGCAUCUCAAAGCACUUACUGCCCCGAUAGGGAAACAUCUGGGGAAUUAGGGUAGCAGGGAUACCAGCCCCCCCCCCAAUUUGUCUCCACCCCAGGUCUGACAUAGGAUGUGUGUGGUAGGGAGCCUAGCCUUACUUAGGACUAUUCUCCCUCCUCCCACAGGGGGAGCCCUCCCUAGUGCCUCAACCCUGGGAGUCCACCCCUUGUAACAGGAUUCUGGGACUUCCUCACUGCAGGGUGGAUAUUCUGGGCCUGCAGCCCCCAGUCCGUAACUGGGAUGUGACCCUCUACCGCCCCCUGGAGCCCAUCUGGACACAGCAUUGCCCCAAUCUGCUUAGCAGCUGGCUGUUUCCAGGCCUGGGAAAGGAGUCCUCAGUGCAGGGGUUGGGACUCCAAGCUGCUUGAGGGGGUCGACCUUGGACCAAAGUUGCCUUGUGCCCAAGGUAAAAGGGCUUCAGGAAGACACAGGGCCGCCAGGCUGGCGCUGAGGAGUGGGGGUUGGUCUCGGCUUCAUCCCCCACCUGGGGUCCCCAGCCCAUUCCUCCCUUCCCUUCUGUCAAGCUUCAAGCUGUACAUAGGGCCUCGCGGUGCACAAAUCCCCCUGCCCACACUCUCGCCCCAGUAAAAGCGUGCAUGUGCAUAGAGCACCCCUCCCCCAGUUAACUCCCAGUUCCUCUCCCUGAGCUUGGACUCGUAUUUACCUUGUACCAGUUCUGAGGGGGGCAGCGAGGGAAGCAGCCCCAGGCCUGCUUGCUUCCUGUCCCUGGUUGUUUCUGGAGUAAAUAUACAUAUAUAAAUAAAUGUAUAAAUACUGCU